AGCAGUGCUUUUAGCUGUGGAAGUAGUUAGCAUUUUAGAUAUCACGACGGUGUCUGUGUAGCAGUUUAAACAUGUCUAAAGUAGAAAUGUUGAGAGUGGCGGUGAAUGAGCGUCUGGUCGCGGCUGCUGAGGAGAUAUUCGGACUGUUUGAAAGAACCAUAGCGGAGUAUGAAGAGGAACUGGGCCGUUCAAAGAGGACGGUCGAGCGGCAGCGCAAACUACUGGACGCGGUAUGGAAGCCUGAGCUCCGGCUACACAGAGCAGUGUUAUCUGCAGAUUCUCAGCAGGACCCAGACCCCCCACGCAGCAGCUCAGCUCAACCGAUGGAAACAGAGAGCGAUGCAGACGAUCCAGAUAGUUCUUUACAAGCAGCUGAUGAUGGCGAGACCCCAGACUGUUCUGAUCAAGCUGACACUGUAAAACCAAAGGAGACCCCGACAGGUGUACCAGCCUCCUCUAAGCCUGAGGCUGCCACCAAGGGUGAUUACUCAAAGGAGUCAAGGAAACCUCAGUCAGGUUCAAGAACUCUAAGAAACAAGGGCGUUCCUGGAGUUGGUAAAGGAUUGAAAACUGGCAUGAAGUCUUGUAGCUGCUCUCAGUGUGGUAAAACAUUUCAACCCAAGGGCAGAAAAAGACCGUUUGUUUGCCCAGCUUGUGUUCAAAGAGCCACACAGUGUGCACAUGUAGUCACAGAUAGAAGUUCAGGGGUAAGAAGCAUCAGAUGUUCAGCCUGUAAGAAAGAGUUUAGCCAUAAAAAAGAGGCCGUGAGACAUGUCCGAAUGCACAACAAAGAGAAACCCUUCAGCUGCUCACUUUGUGGUAAAGGGUUCACCCAGAAGUCAGGUCUGCGCGCACACAUGAGAAUCCACACAGGAGAGAAGCCGUACGGCUGCCCGCGCUGUCCCAAACGGUUCAACCGGAGCGGGAUUCUGGCUCGGCACAUGCGAGUUCAUACGGGAGAGAAGCCGUACGGCUGCUCGGUGUGCAGCACCAGAUUCACCCUGAGGCAGUCGCUGUUGAUACACAUGAGGAUCCACACGGGAGAGAAACCUUUCAGCUGCUCAGUCUGUGAUAAAACAUUUACACAGAAGGUACACCUGACACAGCACAUGACACUCCACUCUGGGGACACGCCCUUCAGUUGCUCUGCUUGUGGGAGAACAUUCACCAGACAGUCGCGUGUGAAAAACCACAAGUGUGAUCCUCAGAGCAGCAGCAGUUAAUAAAGCCCCAACUGAGAAAUGUCCACGGGCAGGUUGGUUUGGAAUGUGCUGGGUACAACGACGCAUUCAUUUUUUCUCUCUCUUGUCGUGUUUUGAAAGACGCCAUCCUGUAGCUUACUAACAUAAAUGCAUAAGAACGUGGUUUAAAGCAGGGGUUCCCAAAACUUUCAGCCCACGACCCCCAAAGUAACGGU